AUGAGCAACGCCACGGCCCCCACGGCCCCGGGCGCGGCGGGGGACUCGCUGGUGGGCUACGUCCUGGGACCCUUCCUCAUCGUCACCCUCCUCGGCGCCCUCCUGGCCGCGGUGAUGUACGUCCAGAAGAAGCGGAGGUUUGACCGCCUGCGUCACCGGCUGCUGCCCAUGUACAGCUACGACCCGGCCGAGGAGCUGCAGGAGUCCGAGCAGGAGCUGCUGGUGGAGGCGGAGGACGCCCGGGUGGUGCCCGGCUGGGGGGGGCCCUCGUCCCAUCGGCCCCCGCGCGGGGAGUGGAAGGCCUGACGCUGCCCGGA